GUGCAGUGCACCCCCCCAGGCCCCCCCCCCACGGGUGCGGCGCGGAGGAUGCGGGGCCGAAGCUAAGGCAGCACAUCGGUGUGGAGGAGGAUGGAGGCGCCUCUUGUAAGCCUGGAGGAGGAGUUUGAGGAGGGGCCCGGGGUUGAUGGGGGGACCCCACAACGCACUGCAGACCCGGCGCUGGCCGAGCUGGAGAGCUUCUCGGCUGAGAUGAUGAGCUUCAAGUCCAUGGAGGACCUGGUGCAGGAGUUCGAUGAGAAGCUCACCGUCUGCUUCCGCAACUACGAUGCUGCCACCGAGGGGCUGGCCCCUGUGCGGAGCCAUCUCCAGGCACAGGAGGAGGAGGAGCGCCUCCAGGAUGAGGAGGUCUGGGAUGCUCUCACCGAUGGUUUCGCCCCCCGGAGCUCCCCCCGGCCCUGGCUGCUGCCUGGGGCUGAAGCCUCUGAUGGCACCGACCACCAGCUCUGCGAGAAGGAGGAGGAGGAGGAGGAGGAGGAGCUCACUGAGAGGAGUGAGCAGGACUCGGGCAUCAAUGAGGAGCCGCUGCUGACAGCUGAGCAGGUCAUCGAGGAGCUGGAGGAGCUGAUGCAGAGUUCACCUGACCCCGAGGCUGAUCCUGAGGGGGAGGAGGAAGAAGAGGACGAGGAAGAGGAAGAGGAAACUGAGGCUGAUGCUAAAGGCAAAGGCAGUGGUGGGGGCACGGAGCCCAUCGUUCUGCGGGAGCUGCAUGCUUUCUCCCCUGCCUUCAACAACAACUGCUCUCAUGAAGUGCUGGGCCGGCUGUCGGCGCGGGAGCUGGUGGCAGCAGCAGGGCGGGCAGAGGCGGCGAGCCGGGCACUGUCGGCAGAGCUGGUGGCACAGCUGGCACGUCGGGACGAGCUGGCCUUCGAGAAGGAGGUGAAGACGGCGUUCAUCGGGGCGCUGCUGGCCGUGCAGGGCGAGCAGCGGGAGCAGCGGGAGGCUGCCCGGCGCCGGCGCCGUGACCGGGGUCUGAGCCUGCAGGGAGGGCGUCCUGAGAGGGGGAACAACAUGCCCAGGAAGCGCUUCAGCAUGGAGGGCAUCUCCAGCAUCCUGCACUCCGGCCUGCGCCAGACCUUUGGCCCCACCGCCAAUGAGAAACAGUACCUGAACACAGUGAUUCCCUAUGAGAAGAAGGGGUCGCCACCCUCCGUUGAGGACCUGCAGAUGCUCACUAACAUCCUGUUUGCCAUGAAGGAAGGGAAUGAAAAGGUGCCCACACUGCUCACGGAUUACAUCCUCAAAGUGCUCUGCCCAACCUGAUGCCGUGCUGCCCUUGAGCCCCCUCAACCCCAGCCCCCCUCAAAAUGGGGCUAAACCCGAGGAAAACGGGUCACCUGCAGCCCCCAUCCCCCCUCCACCCCUCCC